CAAGCCGGCACCACCCAACAAAAAUAACAUUGACCCAGAAACAUCUUCACUACGUUCCAAAUCAUCGAAAACCACCAAGUUCACAUGAUCAACGUGUACGUCUCCACAACCACUUCAUUUCCUCUCCGAUAUAAAACCCCACGAUUGAAAAAUCAACAAAAAUAGCAUAAAAAGCUUUCCUUCUUUCCCUCUGUCAUCGGCUUCUCAUUUCAUUGGUGGUCUCUUGUAAGUUCUGAAGAUGGGUCCGAUAGUGGUGACACAGCUGGCGACGGGUCUGAGCGUACUGGCCGGUGCUGCUCUGGUGAAGUCGGUGAUGGACCAGAAGCCCAUGGCUGGGCCGGGUCAGUUUCCGAGAUGUCCCAAAUGCAACGGCACCGGCCGUGUCAAUUGUUUAUGUUCUCGCUGGUCCGACGGGGAUGUCGGGUGUCGGACCUGUUCUGGGUCGGGCCGUAUGGGCUGUAGUAGCUGUGGAGGCUCUGGGACCGGUCGGCCCCUCCCCAUUCAGCUUUCCGUUCGGCCACCGAAACGUCCCUUUUAACGGGUGUGUACUUUAGAAGCUUACAAUCCCAUGUUCUCUCUUUUUUGAAAAAAAAAAAUUGUUAUUUUUAUUCAAUUUAUGUAAUAUAUAUGUUGCUGAUACUUGAAAAGAGAAACAUGGGAGAUUACUAGGUUGUAAUCAUUAUGGUUAUUUCGAAAUUUAUACAAUGAAAUGGUUCUCUAGCUGGUUGAAUCCUAGACAUUAUAACAUACAUAUAUGGUUGACUGUAUGUCAUGAAUUCUAUGAAGCUUCUGCUUUUUUUUUUUU